CACACGUCCUACGUUAUCCCAUUAGGGUUUAGGUUUGCUGCUUAGUUUGCCCUUCCUUCCAAUAGUUAGAUAUCGGCUACCUUCUCCCUACAUAUAUUUAAUGCCACUCUAGAAGUCGAACUCAUUUUCGAGUAAAACUUCGAGCUCGACAGACGUGUGUCGUGGGUCGUCACGCUUGUUUAAAAUUCAAUUUUAUUACAGCAGCAGUUCUAGUCAGUUUAGAAUCGCCGAUUGUGUAGUUUUAAUUGCGCCUAACGUCAGCUUUAAAAAAAGACUGUGACUCAUCGUUGAUGAAAGCAAAAGACAAAAUGGAUUACCCAACAUUUGGUAUACCUUGGAGCGUAUUCAAUCAAUAUCACAUCAGGGGCUAUGCCGAUGAUAGCGGGAGCGUGUGCGGCAGCAGCACGACCAGCAGUCCUCCACUUUCGCCAAUGUCGCCCAGUCCCAGUUUAGCCUCGUCCAACGAUAGUGAAGAAUCGUCUUCGUCAGGCUCGUCGUUUCAUUUCUCGCCGUCGCACCACAAUGAGGGCGCCAGUUCGCUGUGCCAUCAAGUUCCCGCUCUGCUCGGACUGGACAGCUCGUCGACCGGCCAUCAGCAGACGACGCACCGCAAUCACCACCAAGUGUUGGUCACGGCUAGUGCAGCAUCGACAGCGAGGAGCCGAUUGGCCCAUUCGGCCGGCGGCCAACGCAACAAGGCGACCAAAGCCAACGCCAACGGUUUCUACAAGCGCUUGAUGGAAUGGCUGAGCCGCAAGAAAACGAGCCAUCGACGCUACUCGGAAGUGGUGGUCGUCGAUGGCGUCGCAUCGUCGGCAAUGCAGCACUGCUGCAGUCAAGAGUCGCUUCACGGUUUCAUGGCGGUCGCCACGGCCGGACGCAACCAAUCGGCACCGAUGAUUUUCGACGUGACUCGGCCCGCUCGUCCGGCCGCGGCCAACCCUUUCACGCGUCCGCCCAUGGCCAAUCCCAGAAUCGAAGAAAGAUCGUUUUCGUCGUCCUCUUCCAUGUCGCCGUCGUCGUCGUCGCUGUCGUCGUCGUCGUCCUUGUCUUCGGCCUUAGCUCCUCCGCCGCCGCCAUCUGCCGUCGUCGCAUCCUCGUCGCCAUGGACGCAACGUGCCGCCAGCUGCGCGGCGGCCAACACGCGCGAUCGAUUGGAACUGCCGUCUGUUGGCGAAUCUCGUCUCGGAUUCGAGGCUCCUCCGGCGACGCCUACGUCCAGCUACAGCCAAAGCGGAAUCAUCACGACCCACUUUGAUAAGCAGGAAAUGCUGCUGAACGAGACGGACAAGGAGAUCGACGCCGAGUGGAUCAUUCCGUGGAGCGACAUCCAAUUCGGCCAAGUCAUCUGUCAAAGAGGUUCCUGCACCAUCAACCGAGGAAAGUGGCACGGUGACGUCAUCAUCCACCAAUUCAAGUUGCAAAGCGACGUGGAGGUGAGCGCCUUCUGGUCGGACGUGCAGUCCUUGUCGAAGCUGCGUCACGAGAACUUGCUGCUGUUCAUGGGCAUCGCCAUCCCACCGUUGGGCACCAGUUACACGAUCGUCAACAGCGCGCCGCGCGGCGUCUCCGUCGCCAACUUUCGUCUCGGCCUCAAAAACGGCAAACCGGAAAGGAUCGGGAUGCGUGCGGCUGUUAGUAUUUCGAGACAGGUGGCGCAAGCGACGGGUUAUUUGCACGCCCGCGGCAUCAUUCACGGCAAGCUCAAUCCGCACAACAUCUUCCUCGAAGGCGACAAUUACAGAGUUAAACUGUCCUUGCUCGAUCACGGGCUUGUCGACACCGUUGCCACGCAAAUCAAUUACGGCUGUAUUCCGAAAACGCAAGUGAGCUACUACAGCCCUGAAUUGGUCCGAUCGAUGGUCGUUCAACCGCCAGAAGUUCAUUUCACGAUUCAGAGUAGCAAAUUCAGUGACGUCUAUGCUUUAGGGUCUUUUAUGUACGAUCUCAUUUCCGGUAGUCCUCCGUUCCACCAAGAGCAAGUGGACUCGAUCCUGUGGCGGAUCGGCACUGGCCACACGACCAGUUUGCAAGACGUCAAAUGCAAUGCUCGUCUUAAGGCUUUGAUGACAUGUUGCUGGGCGUACGAUGCGGCUGAGCGACCCAGCUGCGUCGAAGUGGUGCGUCGUUUGCAACCGUCAGCCCUCCUGUGCAAAUCGCAUUCGUGUUCAGAGCCGGAACGAUUAAACCGACUCGGCCAGUGCAAACUAGCGUGCUAAACUUCUAUUCUCAACAUCUAUAUAUUUAAUGACACAAUCGUACAGCAAUUGCCCCCCCCCCCUCUCUGUGUUGUGCAUCACACAUGCAGGCCUAUACGUAUUGCGUGCUUGUAUAUUAUCUACGUGUAACCGAUGUAAAGUAAUCGAUUCCUCGCUUUUUUUCCGUUCUUUUGGAUGGUAAUAAUGACAAACGGUAAAGCAUCUUUGCGAAUUCUAUAACCUUAUCCGUUAUAUUUGUACAAGCAGGGUAAAUAUCUAAUAGUGAACUGUUUUCUGUCCUCUGAUGCGUGUGCGUGCUGCGUAAUACUCUGUGCAUUACACCAUUUGGAUGUAAAAUAA